UCAGGAGUAGGCUAUGCUUGCUCAGUCAUGGCGCUACUGUGAAGUUCGACACGGCUGAGUGUUAAAAAAAACUGAAUUUUUCUUUCUGUUAGUGAUUUCGUAAGAAAUCGCUUGAAGUCACAGUGGUACAGACGAGCUCUGUCCCAACAGAUAGUUCAACGACUACGGACCAUUUUUGCUCUGGCUUUUAUAACAGGAAUUAACACAACGAUCGUGACUACUUGCGAGAGGAAACGCUACAAAGUUGCUUUCCCUAGCUCCAUGCAGGAUGUUACAAUUGUGACCUUACGAGGAAGCAGCGGGAUGGACAACGGGAGUUAGAAAGAGCACUUGGCGGAUUGUUUUGGCGUUUUGUUGUCCUGUGUAACUGUAUUGGUGUCUGCGUUUAGCUUGUUCAUGCGCUUUCGAUACGACCAUCAUGCCAGCGAAAACAAAGUAUAAUUUGGUUGAUGAUGGCCAUGAUUUGCGGAUUCCUUUACACAACGAAGAAGCCUUUCAACAUGGGAUCAAUUUUGAGGCAAAGUAUAUCGGUAGUCUGGAUGUGUCCCGACCAAACAGCAGAGUGGAGAUCGUUGCUGCAAUGAGGAGAAUACGGUAUGAAUUCAAAGUGAAGAACAUCAAGAAAAAGAAAGUCAACAUAGUGGUAUCAGUAGAUGGGGUGAAGGUGGUUCUGCGAAAAAAGAAAAAGAGAAAGGCUUUCACCAGUGCACAGAAAAAAGAAUGGACUUGGGAUGAAAGCAAGAUGAUGGUGAUGCAAGACCCCAUAUACAGGAUAUUCUACGUUUCCCAUGACUCACAGGAUUUGAAGAUAUUCAGUUACAUUGCUAGAGAUGGGCAAAGCAAUGUGUUUCGGUGCAACGUCUUCAAGUCAAAGAAGAAGAGCCAGGCCAUGCGGAUCGUGCGGACGGUGGGCCAGGCGUUCGAGGUGUGCCACAAGCUGAGCCUGCAGCACACGCAGCAGAACGCCGACGGCCAGGAGGACGGCGACAGCGACAAGACCUGCUCGGGCUCCGAGGUCGCAGAUCGGGAGUUGACCGGUGCGGAGAAAACGCUGGCCGAGGAGACGGACAUCGACGCCGAGGAACUGCCCGUCCCAGACAGCACGGUGGACGAGUUCAAUCGAGGGGUCACCGACCUCGACGAGGCGAAGAAGGACGACGAGAUCCCCAAGGAGAAAAAGGAGUCUGAGGAGGCCUGUAUCCUGCUGGCCACCCCCAAGAUGCUGCUGCCCUCCUCCAGCCAGCUGCCGGCCGGAGCGCCCCUGUCCAUGCACCACCAGAUCCAGCUCCUCCAGCAGCAGCUCCAGCAGCAGCAGCAGCAGACCCAGGUGUCAGUGGCUCAGGUUCACCUGCUGAAGGACCAGCUCUCGGCCGAGGCGACGGCCCGUAUUGAGGCCCAGGCGAGGGUGCACCAGCUGCUGCUGCAGAACAAAGACCUGCUGCAGCACAUCUCCCUGCUGGUCAAGCAGGUCCAGGAGCUGGAGCUCAAGAUGGCCAAACACGGAUCAAUGGGCUCCCAGGACAGUCUUCUGGAGAUCACCUUCCGCGCCAACGUCCCGCCGGUGCUGUGCGACCCCACGACCCCGCGACCCGAGGACAUGAGCCUCCCGCCGCUGAGCGACGGCACGCAUCAUCAGCUCUCGCAGCCGCUGGCCAGCCCCUUAGUUGACCAAAGCAUGUUUGAGAACUCCACGGUGGCCCAGCAGAAGCCUCCGAGCUCCAGGUCCUCGGGCCGCCGCUCCGUGGGCAGCAUGUCCAGCCCCAGCUCCGGCGGCUUGGGCGACGGCUCCGGGAUCGCGGGGCAGAGGACGGGCAGCAGCCAGCACCUGAAGAAUGCCCUCAACCUGGGCAAGGCCGUGGGGGCGAAGGUCAACGAUCUGCUGCGACGCAAGGACCCCAACAGCCUCGGAGACGUCGGGGUGACGGAGGUGAACAAGAACGUGGGAGUGGUGUGGUCUCAUAGCGGCGUUGCCAACAGUCACGCUUCCUUUGAUGGCUUCCCCCGGCUGGACCCUCCUCCGCCCACGGGGAAGAAGCGCGUGCCGCGGGCGCUGAAGACCACGCAGGACAUGAUGAUCUCCUCUGACCCCGUGGUGGCCUCUCCCGAGGCGUCCGACUCCUCGUCCUUCCUGUCCUCCCCGGAGAAGACGCCGCUCGUCGGCAAAGGGAAGGAGGGACCGUCGGAGGAGGACGCCCAGGAGGACUCGGAAGGGAGCGAGUCGGAGAAGAUGUCCCUGGGGCUCUCCUACGCUCUGGACGGGGAGAUGAGACGCGGGGAGCGGCAGCUGCAGCAGCAGGCCGAGGAGCGGGAGGAGAGGAGAUCCAGCCGCGUCACCAACCUGGACGCGCUGAUGGCAGACGAAGGGAUGGAGGAGGAGGUGAAGAAAGCGGAGGACGGGGAGGACGAGGACCAGUCCCAGGUCCAGCUCUCCGUGCCGGACCUCAUCCACAAGGACACGCUGGAGCCCAAGCAGAAGCUGGCCGGCUCGGAGACUCGGCUGGCCUCCACGCCCUGCCCCGGCAAGGGCAGCUACCGGAUCAGCGUCGGCGAGGAGCUGCUGGAGAACGGCUCGGUGGACUACGGCACGCCGAGGAAGAGGUCGCCCAGCAUGGAGAACGAGGAGCCACACCCUGACCUGCUCUCUUUCGAGUAGAAACACACACACACACACACACACAUGCACACACACACACUUACCUCUGGCUCAACCGAGGAGGGGGCACCAUCAGGGCCAGUCAUCUAACCUGAACAUACUGAAACACAUAUUUCUGAAGACGUUGUAGGGCUCAACUAAGAAUGGAUGUAGUCACGACAUUUAAAAAAUACCAUAUCUAAGCUGUUUGAACCUGAUGUAUUGGGGAUUUGCAGUUGACCCAGGUGAGAAGGAGGGUUGCGCUUGGCAUUUAUACACUCCCUUGUAAAUGUCAUCGAAGCAGCAGGUCUCUGUUCAGGGACUUGAUGACUUCCUAAGGGGACUGUACCAAAGUGACAGACCAUGGCAUUCCAAUGUUAGCAUGUCGGCGUCUCCGGAAUAUUCUUUCCAUUGAGUUUUAGCACAAAGUUGUAACCGUGAUGAACUCUUCCACCGUACUGAAGGAAACUGGAUUUGUUAGUGUUCGUGUAAAAUUAUGUACAACUCAAAUUUGGGUGAAUGCCCUUUUUAGAUAAGAAAAUAGUCUUUUUUUAAAGAAAAAAAAAGAAAAAAAAUGAAAAAUUGUUUAUUUUAACUGACAGCCAAACCAAAGUUAAAACUGUGUUCCAUGGUCGUAAUAUAUGUUUAAUACCUAAGUGUUGAUCAUUUUUAAUGUGGAGAUAUUUUGAUACUGUUUGAUUUUUUUUGUUUGUUUGUUUUUUGUUCUUUUCAGUCAAUCAUGUCUACUGGUCUUCCAUUCACCCCAAACACAAAUGUACCUCUUGAUCUCUCAGAAAGCAACCUUUAUGAGCUUAAUAGAACAGACACGUUUCUUUUUUGUAGAAAUGCUAUGACUGGAACACUAAAAUGGGGUCAUGGUUGCCGUGCAAAUAUAAACACAGAUCUCUGAGCAUCCCUAAUGCACCCGAAGGACUCGAACCACUGAUGCGACUCUUCCCCCAGCAGGUCCGAGAAUGAGAAAAAUGUCAGCCUGCUGCGAGUGCAGAGAAAGGCUUCUUUGUCUUUGAGGCUCAGGGACACAGCUCCCAUUCCGCCAGCCGGCUAAUGGUUGGCGGCGGCCAUGUUGCCAUGCGUCUUUAAUUACUGAGCGAUGACUGGAACUCCAGGUGAUGAAGUGAGAGUAUUACCACCCCACUUUGGCUGCUGGUGGAGAUUUACGGAGCAGAUUGAAAUGGGCCCCUCUGACUCAAUUAGAAGCGCCGGCACCACUGCGCCGUAAUGGCCUUUUCGAAUAUGAAUAUGGAUGUCCAGGGCACUCGCUCCAGUUGGAGUUCGCCAGUGCAUUAGGUGCAGGGUUUGCACAGUUGCGGUAGGUUUUGUCGCGUCAAGGUCGGGCCAGAGGCUCCUUGGAGAGCAGCCUUAUAACAAGGUGUCCGUCAGCGCCGAGGUAUGAGCACGGAGCUCGGAGAGGGGAAAAAAAUCUCCGGAAUGUUCUAACUUUCCACUAAUCCAGCCACCAUCCUGUUGUUUGGGCAAAGCAAAGUCUCUCUUCUGCUCAUAUGACUUUGGACCGGUGCUGCUGCUGUAGUGUGGCAUCUCCUAAACACUUGGAAUAGUCACAGAAGCUGUGUGAUGUGCUGUCAUGAUGUACAAACAUACAUAACCCCCCCCCCCCUUCUCAUGACAUAAUGCCAUGUGAGGAUAUCUUGGGACCUGCCAUAUGUCAGAAAAGUAUCAGUGGAACAGUCUAGAAUAUGGAUGCUCUUUGGAUGCCUCAGCUGUCAGCUCUAACUCUUCCUCCUUAGACACACGUCAGAGCUGUUUCUGUGCUCCAUUGUGUUUAAAGAAUAGAAUUAACUUAACACUAAACCAACAAUAUGAGCUCAAAGUCUAAACACUACUUGAAGAGGAUAACCACUUAUGAAAUGACUGAUAAAGAGAAGGCCGCCCUUAGACCUGCUAUGAGUAUUUUAGCCCUUGCUAAGCCUUUUAACUGUGGCUGCACAUUGCACCGAUAAUGAUGUCUGAACUCUGCACCAUAUUGCUGAUCCAGCUGACAUGAAGGAAUAAUGGAAUGAACCAGUGGGGCAUAAAAUAAUCAGUUACCAAGACUGGGAAUGUGGAACAUGGAAUGUUGAAAUGAACAAUUUAAUGUAUUCAGAUUUAUAUUUUAAUUACCACUUGAUUGACAUAGAUUAUUCUAUACUAAUUCCUAACUAUGAAAAGCAAUAAUCAAAGUCAUUAAUUCUGUAAACCGCCUGUUCCUUAAUGGUGUGUAAUUGAUUUGGUUUAUGUGGUCUGAACACAUUUCUGUAUGUUGAAAUAUGAUGGAUGUUUUUAUCAGUACUUUGAGAGGAACACUAAUGGAAGGUGGGGAGAUCUUAAGACAUUUUAACAAAAGUGAUGUAUUACUGCAUUAGUAAUGACCACUCAGUUGGUAUUGGGUCAUAAAAUGUGAAGUAAACUACUUUCACAGAAUGCUUUUAUGAUGCCUUUCAAAAGAAAUACUACUAUGUAUAUUUGGGGGGAUGGGUUUAUAAUUCAUUUUAUCAGAACAUUGAGAUAUAUUUUAGUACUUUUAGACAUAGCUUUAGGGGAAAAAAGAAAUCUUUAUAGAUUAUAGACUAUUUUUUGUUUGUUGUCUUAUUAUGAUUGAGUUAUAUAUGUGUAAUGACUUGUAAAUUGUUAAUUAUCUAUGGUCUAAUGAAUUUCAAUGCCAUGGUUCAAUGAAGGAAAGAAAUUAGUUUAGGCGCUGCGAUGUACCUGUGAAGGCUUUGAAGAGCAGUCCCUGUUUGCCUCAUUCUCCCCCCUUGGGCUGAUCUAUGCACUGCCAAUGUGUUGUAUGAGGGAGACUGAACCAUAAUCAUAAUGCUGCAUUAGUCUACAAAUGUCCAUCACUCAUAAGAAUUUGAAGGUAAUGGUGAACCAUUUUCUGUUCCUUAGUUAACUGUUAGUUGAUAGUCCUCCCACUUCCUUGAAAACAGCCUUCUGUGUGCCUUUCAAUUGCCAUGGAGAAGUUGUGACAAAGAUGGUUUAUUUCAGGAAUGGCCCAAAACAACAAGAAUUGUAUUGACAUUAUUCCAAGAAAUAAUGUGUGUAAAUAGUAGGAUGCCACUCUAAUCUAUUAUAAAUCUACAUGCUGCCUAAGCGCUGUGGAGGAGGAAUGUCUCUGUAAUGUAGUCACUGUAUAUACACAAAGCAUGGUGUCUAGUUUACCUAGACCAAAGAUUUCUAAGUCAUAUUUGACAUCUAUAUUUGAGUGUCAGCUCACUUCUUGGGCUGAAGUGGAGGUAUGAAGAGAGAGAAAUGUGGGUGAAAGUCACCGAUUUCCUCCUUAAGAUUCUCUCCUCCCCAAGGCCCCUCUCCUCAAUGCAGUCAGCCAAGUGCAGAUCUCAAGCAGAAAAACUGGAAAAAUGGUAGAGAUAGCAGAAAUGGAAUAUGCUACUUAACUGUAAGUUGGUCUGAAAACCCCUCGAGGGGUUUUUUUGCUGGCUGGAUUCGCAGUGGUUCAUUCAGCCGAGCUGUGCGGGUUUUGAAUAAUUGCUGCUUCCACUGGAAGACUGGAAUGUGUGUCAAGCCACGUGAUGGAAGUCUGAUAAAGUUGGUGUGAAUGAGAUGUAUGAGAUGAUACAGGAGAAGUGGAGCCAGUUUGAGGAAAGUGAGACGGAUAGUAUCUUGUCUUGUGAAGACACAGGCAGCCUUCAUUGUCAAGAUAACAUAUGGCGAAUGUGUAGACGUCACAACUGAUUUGAGAGUUAUAGCAGUGUAGAGAAAUGGAUUAGCCUGGCUAACACCAGACCACUUCUCAAAUCUCAACGGAGAUUGAGAAUGGGUCUGGGAACCUUCCGUUCACCUCCCAAGAUCCAAGGGGCAUUACCAGCAGUGACAUUCAUUGAAAUUGGGACAUUGAACUCAAACCCAAAGUACAGCAAACAGCAAUUCCAAAUAAUCUACACGUCCAUAUAGUUUAAAACUGACACAACCAACAUGCAGCCAUUAGCUAACUGUACACCCGAUUGUCUUCAUAAUAAGCCUGCCCCAUGCCAGAUAAGUGAUUAUGAUUGAUUCCCAGGUUUUUGGUGAUUUGGAAAUCCGCUUCAAUCGUGUCCAGAUGGACCUGCAGAACAAAUUCAAAUGUGUUAACAGGUUCAUCUAAAUUCACCCAGGCUAGAAAUAUAUGCUACUUUAACUGGAUCUUCAGUUCUAGGCUCUUUAAUUUCUUGUUUAUUUUCCCGUCUAUUUUAGGCAUAGCCUGCAUUUCAUUACUUUUUUUCUCCAUCACAAAUAACCAUGGCAACUAGUGUCUGUCUGAUGCUUCUGCCGGAGAUGCUUCCUCUUUAGCUGGUGCUUGUUUGGAUGGGCAUCCAGGUCCCUGUUGAGUCUGAGAGAUCUACAGAGGACUGAGUGACAGCUUGUGGCAUUGUCUGCCAGCCACCUCUGUCACAACAAACAAGACUCGGUAUUUGGACUCGUGGCAGGCAUACGGCAGCAGAAAAUGUCCGUCUUUUUGUUCAUGUUUUACGCUGAAUCCAGAGGGCACGGAGUGGGGUCAUUCAUUUCAAGAGCAUAUGAAUGGAUUGCAAUGCAAAUGUAGUGUUGGCAGACUGCUGAAGAUGGAAGCUCUUUGUGCUAUGAUGCCCUCCUACACAAACAUGCCUCAAUGUCAACUUACAUUAGCAUUCACUUACCUGAAAAUGCCCUCAUCUCCCGCAAAAGAAUGAAAUGUAUUGUGAUGAUCGUCGGUAUGUCCUUUCUUCUUCUUCUAUUGUUUCGGUUUCCUUGUUUUCUUUUUCAUUUUCUCAUGACACACGUGCUUUUCAUGUAACAUUUAGGUGACACUUCAUUAACAGUUUUGUGCUCUCCCUGGAAAGAUUGUGACCAAAAUCUGUAGAUGCCUCUAUUGCACAAGCCAUUUUUUAUUAUCAGUGCAAUGUUUUCAUGAUUCGUUUCAACUCAGUCUGGUGAUGAAUGAAUGAGGAUGCCAUGGUGAAGAUGAACAAACGAAUGGGCAGAACAGAGGGUUCAAGUCGUACUGUAAAUGCAUCUGUACAAGGGAAUCUGUGAUUUAAUAAAGGCAACAUGACAAUUGUUAAA